AACAAGAAUUUAAUUGGAAAAUGUGCCAGUUUAAAUUUUAUGUUUCUGAUACUCGCCUUGUGUGGCAUCAUUUCAUCGUUUCACACAUCAAAAGCUCUUCCUCCUGGAGCGACAGGGGGAAAACACAUGAACAUUGAAAUGUGCUUAGUAUGGUUCGAUGUACAUCUGAAUACUAUCAUUCGAACGGAAGAAUCCCGAUCAAUGGGAGCACGUUUCCUAGAUGACGCCGAUCUCAACUCUCGUGAGCAAUGUCUUCGAUUGUGUUGUGAAACGGAAAAUUGCGACGUGUUCGUUUUCGAAGAAAAGAGUCCCGAAGGCACGUGUUUCCUCUUCCAAUGUGGACCACCGGAAAACUUCCGUUGUAAAUUUACUCGCCAUUCCAACUAUACCAGCGCCGUCUUGUCAAUUCCACCCCCUCGCCAGGAGAUGGAACAACCAUCUGCACCACUAUCAUCGUCCCUAACAACUCAGAUUCAAUUGCUAGCUACACAGCCCAGCGAUACAACAAACAACAACAAAAACGUCGGUGCCAGCUCCCUCUCUCAGCAUGAGAUGGAAUUGAUAAGCUUGAAGGUAGCAGGAAAUGGCCUUGUUUCCAAUAGUAAACAAAUACCUGGGAAUUUUGCAUCAUUAUCUGCCACGACGACAUUUUUACCUCCGUUAGGAGUACGGCUGGGGGAAGUAAUAACUUCCUCUAGCGUCAACACACCAAAGCAACAAUUUCCGUCCUUUCAACAAUGCGGCCACUUCGAAUUUUCCUGUCAUUCUGGUGAAUGUAUCGCGAUCUAUAACGUAUGCGAUGGCAUCCCACAGUGCGACGACGGCAGCGAUGAAGGUACCGAAUGUCCGCAAAAGAACGCUGCUCAAAUCAUAACACCAGUGGCCGGAACACGCAGAGGAGACCCCAGAUCGGGAUUACCUGAAGAGAUAACACCAUCCAGGAAUGGUAGUCCAGUAAAUCAACCCUUGAUGAUGAUUCCAUCGGUUCAUGCGGAUAAUCCCAACGAAAAUAAUCCGACAAGAUUGGUGGUUGCCAAAUCGAUGCCACCAGUUGAGCAACAACACUUGUAUCAACCGAUAGAUUAUCAACAAUCAUCAACAAGAUACAUCGGUGUGCCUUCGAUAGAGCUGCAACAACAGCAAAAGCAACAUAUGAUGAAGCCCCUUAUCCACCGUAAUCGCGAGGAUCCUAUGACAGCCCCCAAAACAUGGGAAAAUCAGCUACCUAUCAACGAGCCAUACGUCGAAACUUUAGAUAACCGCAUCUUUAAUCACAAAGGCGGAUUUCAUCUCCCUUCGGUCAGCAAACCUCAACAAUAUCAAGAAACGAUACCAGAUUCAAACUUUGUGGCUUCUUCGUCGGAUAUCGGUGAUGGGACAAAAUCCUAUCUCUCACGAUCUGGUAGUAACGUCAACUUAUAUCCCCAGCAAACACUUCAAUCAUUCUCGCUCGAACAACCACCACUGCAGCAACCAUCAUACAGCUCUGCUGGCGUUCUUCCGCAAUGGUUAGGAGGCAACACGAUGCGUUCGUCAUGGAUAAUACAACCUGUCGAAGAAAAUCGACCUGGUAGUGACAGUGGUAAUAAAAGAAUUUCACUACAAGAACAAUACACCUCACCGGUAGCACAACAAGGACACACUGCUGUUCGUGGACCACAGGACGAUAUCCAUUCAAUCACAAAUCUUGGUCCCAUCAUAAUAACGCCGGGGCAAUCAUCGUCAAUUUUACAGCAAAUACCUUCAAUUGAUCAAGCACAGCGAUUGGCGGAAGCAAAGCAAGAAGGAAAACCAGGCAUUACUACAUCAGGCAUCGACCAGUUCUCCGGUAACGGCGAAUCCAUUCGAGAUCGUAUUGAAUUUGCUGAAAAUUCAUUACCGGGAGUAAGACCUGGAAGUUUGGAUUCGACAUUGGCUCUCGCGGUUAAUGGUGGAUCAGCUAACAAUGAAGACGUCAAACAUAAACCAAUACCCACUGCUAAAUUGUCUAGUGGAAGAGGAGCAGGAGAAUAUGAUGAAGCAUAUGCAUAUGAAGAUUCCUAUCCCGCUGAAUCAACGAAUCCUGGUGAGAUGGAUGCGAAAGAAUCUACAACAGAAAUCGCCAAUCGAACAGAGUCGCAAAAAAAAAAGAUGCACAAACAUCACAAGCAUGAGCGUGGUGGCAGCAGGCAACCCAGCAGUUUAUUAUUAGCUGUGAACACAACAAUUGCAAGCGAACACAUUGAGCAGAAAAAAAAGAAAAAAACUAAAACUAUCAAGAAAGAUAAGCCAACAUCUCAGGCGGUUGAACACAGCUUAGCAUCCGAUCAGACUGGAAAGCAUGCCAAUCCAAUCAUACAUGAACACUUAAAAGCACAGAUUCAUAAAGACCUCGAGAUAGAAUUUACCGAUCACGACGGGUAUUCGGAUCGUCCAGGCGGUGCGAUGCUUUCACUUACUCUGGGAGUAUUAUUGACCGCAGCUAUGGGCAUCCUUUUGAGUUGUCGGAUGCGAGUCGCUCGUCGACGAAUUCGUCGACCGGGCAAAUCUUCAUAUGCACAUGAUGCUGACUUUCUAGUCAAUGGCAUGUAUUUGUAGUUUUCUGCUGUGGCGCAGAGGAAAUUCUGUGUUUAAACCUUGCAUUCUGUUCGAAACAGAUAACGAGUGGUGGAAAAAGAUUAAUAUCAAUAAAAACGAAAAGUUGACUUAUACAAAAGUAGUCACCAAAUAAAUCUAUAUCCAUGAAACGGCUUCAAUGCCAUUAAUAGACUUCGGGAAGGGGUAGAAAACGUAAGUUUCAUUAUCGUAUAAAAAACUGCGCAGAUUAUUAUGCUUUUUCCAGACAUUGGUUAAAUUAUUAGUUAAUUCUAUAUAAUUAAUCACUAAAAAUAACUUGUGAGGUGUGUCAUAAGAAUGGCACUUUUUUGUUUAAUGAAUGUAAUAAAAAUGUCACAAUACAUUA